ACACACACACACACUCUUGAAAGCAAGCUAUUAGUGGCUGGUCAGACAUUAUGGCAACAUUUUGAAAGAAUAAAAAUGGUUAAAGGGGAUCCUGCACCAAGAAAAGGUAAUGGAGAAAAGGUCUGCUUCAACUGUUGAAGACAAAACGUGUAUGAAACAUAAAUCAGCAACUUUACCUAGACUUUUGUUGGACAGCAGAGGACGAAUCCAAAACAACAGCAUAGAGUGGAAACGCCUAUGCUGUCCCAAGAUGCUUAAGAAUACUCGCCAGACAAAAAUAAAAUGUCAGAUAGCAAGAACACGACAACUGAGCUUGAGUAUAAUGUCAACGUCCUCGCCGCCAUCUUUCCUUGUUCCAAACCAAGCAUUUGCAAAUUGCAAUCCUAUGAAAAUGGGGUCAUUCUCCUGGAAUCGAAGAUUCCUCAAGCUGGUGCAUCCUGGAGGCUUUGUUGAGAUUCAUAAGAAUCCAAUAACAGCUGCCGAGGUCAUGAAAAAGUAUCCAAGACAUCUCGUUACGAGACCUGAUGCGUUCAGAUUUCCAUGGAUAACGAUUUGUCCUGAGUCCAUUUUGAAGCCCGGAAAUGUCUUCUUCAUUGUUCCAUGCCAUACCGUGUAUGAAUUGUUACAAACCUCUCUAAUGCAGCAACAACAAGAUCAUUUUCUUCCAUGUGACGACGAAAUUUGUCCAGCAUGGGCUGAACAAGAAGUUAGGUGGGAAAAAUCUGAUGGAUUAAUUCAAUUUCCUCAAGAAGGGAACUCCUUAGAGUCUUCGUUUGAGAUAAGACAAGACUUCCAUCUUCUCGCGGAGAAACAAUCUCCUCCAGUAUCCCAAGAACGAGCUAAAGUAGAUUGCAAGUUUGAAGAUGAAUAUGCUACUUUCCCGAAGGAUUUAGAUGACUCAAAUAUUAAGCAAUUCCUUGAACAAUGCCCUGACGGUCAAUCAUUAGGCAAGGCUCACUUCGAGGUGAAGACACAGCAGCAUUUUGACGAUUCUCCAAAGAAACUUCGCUCACCCAAGCAUCGUCCGGUAGUCUGCGAUUACAGAAAUCGCCGGAACUAGUCAAGCUCUUCAUUUCCAUCACAAAGCACUUUGAGUGAUGCUGAAUUAGUUGUUCCACUAUCAAGAGAUGAUGAUGGAGCUUUAAAUUGUAGCAGUUCUCAGGAGGAGAAGAGAUUGAAAUCUUGUUUGAAAAAGAACAACUUCACUAAAGCCCGUAAUUUCAGAGUAGUGAAAUUCGAUCUUCUAGAUAAGGAUGAGAAAAGGUCGAGACCAAAAUGUCCGAGUUUCAAUCAAUGUAGCAUGUUUAGCUUUUCUUUUCCUUUUUUUUUCUUUCAAAAAUUGAUUAAAGAAUUCUUAGUAGAAAAGCGGCAACACAAGUCUAUGUAUACAAAUUCUUAAGGCAUCCCUCUCAUUGAAACACUUUACAAGCAGAGAGGACACUGGAUCCUACAGAGUUGGAAGCUUUCUAGAGUUGAACAAUUAUGGGGUGGUUUCUAUCUUGUUUGUUUUAUUGACUGAAGGAGGCAUCUGUAAAACCUAGAAUGGUUUUGGUGGCAAAUGUAAUCACACGCUAGGGAAUAUGCUUGGAGGCAGUGUUCUUCAUGUAUUCAUCGUUUUAGCUGAGAUUCUUAGGAGGAAGAUUUUAAUCUCUUGUAAAAUGCGUGGUACACACAUCCUUCGUGCCCGUGUGAUCCUUCUUGUAUUGCUGGUAUCAUACUCUGGUCUGCCUAUCUUUGUCUACUGAGUUCGUGUUGCUUUUUUUUUCCUUCUUUUUUUCAGAUUUCAUCUUGCAGUUAGUUUGCUGUUUCCUGCUCUGUGAUAGUUGAAGAGGGCGCAUAGUUUUUUCAUGGAAUCUAAUGAGCUGCCGGAUAAUUUGUUCUUUUUGGCGGGUUUUGCAAUAACCCAUGAUUGUCUUCACCCUUCUGCUUCCUUUUUCAACAUGCCUUUCUUAGGUUAUGUGGUGUUUCAGACAUCACUUGUCAGCCUCUUGUGAAACCAACUUUAAUAACAAGAUUUCCUGAUCACUUUCACCAAAAGAGAAGCAGUAGCAAUCCCAUGCCUUGGAAGAGAUCUGUCUAGUUUAUUCUCAGUUUGUUCCACGCAAGAAGCUGCUCACAACCAACAGUGAAUCUGAUAUGGAGAUGCUGUCUUCAAUAUAAUUUAGAAAUCUGUCAAAAAUUAAUGAACUCGAGGUGUAAUUCAGAAUGAAAACCAAAAGUCAUCCACUAUGAUGGAUCAAGUUUCUACAAAUUCUUGCUGGCUAUGGUAAAUAACGAAAUAUAUUGAUUUGGACUGUUGCGCAGUUGUCAUUGCCAUUAAUUCUUUCAACUACUAAGGUUAUCUGCGUAAAAAGGAUUCAGCAUCACUACUAGGGUUAUCUGCAUCAAUACUGCUAGCUGCUACAUUAUGACCAAACAGUUUGCAAAACUACAACUACCGACAGAGCAGGCUGCAUAAGCAUUUACAAUUGGAACAAGUCACGAAUCACAAUGGGAAAUAAUCUAACCACAGCCGGUGAUAAUCGGUUUCAAAUACAGCAUGCUUAAUGAGGCCAAUUUCGAGUGCUCCUGUCUCCACAAAGGAGUAAGGGAUUUCAUGUCAUCACUUCAAUCGACGUUGCUCUUUUAGAAUGACUCUGAUCAGCUUGCUCAGCAUCAGGCAUGAUAAAUGAACUCAUAAUCAAACUUUGAACUGCAUGAUAAAUGAACUCAUAAUCGACGUUGCUCUUUUAGAAUGACUCUGAUCAGCUUGCUCAGCAUCAGGCAUGAUAAAUGAACUCAUAAUCAAACUUUGAACUGCAUGAUAAAUGAACUCAUAAUCGACGUUGCUCUUUUAGAAUGACUCUGAUCAGCUUGCUCAGCAUCAGGCAUGAUAAAUGAACUCAUAAUCAAACUUUGAACUGCAUGAUAAAUGAACUCAUAAUCGACGUUGCUCUUUUAGAAUGACUCUGAUCAGCUUGCUCAGCAUCAGGCAUGAUAAAUGAACUCAUAAUCAAACUUUGAACUGCAUGAUAAAUGAACUCAUAAUCGACGUUGCUCUUUUAGAAUGACUCUGAUCAGCUUGCUCAGCAUCAGGCAUGAUAAAUGAACUCAUAAUCAAACUUUGAACUGCAUGAUAAAUGAACUCAUAAUCGACGUUGCUCUUUUAGAAUGACUCUGAUCAGCUUGCUCAGCAUCAGGCAUGAUAAAUGAACUCAUAAUCAAACUUUGAACUUCUCACCAAAGCCCCAACAGCAACUUCAAUGACCUCAGAAUAAUGAUUGGAAAUCUGGCAACAGAUAAACUCCAAGCUGUAACUAACGCAUCCAUAUUAGAGGGGAAUCUAUACUCUGAUCAGCUGGCACAGCAUCAGACAUGAUAAAUGAACUUGUAAACAAACUCUAAACUUCUCACUAAAGCCCCAGCAGCAACUUCAAUGGGGAUGCUGCCUCAGAAUAUUGAUUAGAAAUCUGGCAACAGUGAGACUACAAGCUGUAACUAAUGCGUCCAUAUUAGAGGGCAAUAUAUUUGAGAUGAAAAAAUUAGAGGUUAAUCAUUACUUCGGAUCAAAUUCAUAUGAAAAUCAAUGCUUGAUGAAGUUCUAACAUUGUUACUUUCUAGAUAUCAUUCAAAAUCUGAAUACUUGGGAACCUGCCAAAUAAAUCCAUAUACUAUAUAAUACAUCAGUACUUACCAUCUGGUGCUGUGCUGUCAAAGUAAUCAAGAGUAUAAUUUUGGGAAAUAAACUUAGCCUUCAAUGAAUGUUUCCGGAUGCUUCUUCAGGGAAUCAAAUCCUAUUGUUGUUCCUAAGCCUACAUUGGUGCUCGGUCUCCAGAACAGCCCAACAGACUGUCACUAUUCCAGCAUACAUUGCCAUUUCAACCAAAUAUUGAAACCCAUGUCCAGGACCCCAACAAUUCAAAUA